AUGGGCAACAGUGUGGUCCAGGAAGUUCAGAACGUGACACGAAAUUUCUUCAGUGACUUGUCUCUUUGGAGAAUCUUCCUGGCUUGUCUCUUAGCCUGUGCACUAACAACAACCAUUGGAGUACUCAUAGAGUGUCUGGUGUAUUAUAGGAAAAAUAAUAAUGCCUCCAUUAUUAUUCAACUCCCUCAAAACCAUGGGACAACUUCUUCUACUAGUUCUCAAACUAUAGUACCUAUUACUAUAACAGAUUCUACCGCAACAUCUGAUUUGACUACCAUCACUACAACCACUGCUAGCACUUCAACAGAAUCAACUAAUACAAAAACCACUGCUUCCACUGACACUAUAACAGCAGCAGCCACCACUACCACUUCUACUGCUUCUACUGAACAUAAAACAAUGGCAGGAACAAACACUUCUACUAAACCAAAUGCCACAAUGACUCCCGGCAAUAUCACUGAGGUGAAAACCACAAUAGCCACUACUACUGCUCCUACUGAACCUACAACCACAGCGACAGUCACCAAUUCACUUGAACUCCCUACCACAAAGAUUGCCAAAACAACCACUGAGGCUACAACCACCACGGCCACCACAGCAGCCUCUACAGAACCUACAACCACCACAGCCACUAAUUCUCUCUCUAUCAAACCCACAACUACCACAGCAGCCACCACAUCAUCUGAACCCACUACCACAAAAAUUUCCAGCACUAAAACUGAGGUUAGUACCACUGCAGCCAGCACUACAACGUCUACUGAACCUACAACUACCAUGGCUACCACCAUAACUUCUAUGGAACCUACAACAUCCAAGGCUACUUCUACAACUUUUACUGAAAUUCCAACCACCACAGCCAGCACAACUUCUGCCAAACUUACAAUAACCACAGCCACCGCUACAACCUCUACUGAACCCACAACCACCACAGCAGUGACCACAUCAUCAGUACCAACUCUCACAACAAUUGCUGGCACUACCCCUGAGUCUACAACCACCACAGAUACCACUAUAACUUCUAUGGAGCUUACAACCACUAUGGCCACCACUAUAACUUCUACUGAAUCUACAACCACCACAGCCACCACAACAAUUUCUACGAAACCCACAACAACCACAACCACCACUACAACUUCUGAACCUACAACCAGCACAGCCACCACUAUUGUUCCUACUGAACCUAUAACCACCACAGCAGUCACCACAUCAGAACCCACUACCACAAUAACUGCCAGCACUACCACUGAGGCUACACUCACCACAGAUACAACUGCAACCUCUACUGAACCUACAACCAUCACAGCCACCACUAUAAUUUCUACUAAAGGUACAACCACCAUGGCCACCACUCCAAACUCUACUGAACCUAUAACCACCAUGGCCACAAAUACUGCCUCGACUGAACCUACAACAAUCACUACAGCCACCACUUCAUCUGAACCAACUACCAAAAUAACUUCCAGCACUACCACUGAGGCUGCAAGCACCGUAGAUACCACUACAAGGUCUACUGAACCUACAACCACCACAGCCAUGAUGACAACUUCUACCCAACCUACAACCACUAUGGCCACGACUAUUGUCUCUACUGAACCUACAGCCACCACAAAAGCCACUUCAGCAUCUGAACGGACCAUCACAAUAACUGCCAGCGUUACCCCUGAGUCUACAACCACCACAGAUACCACUAUAAGGUCUACGGAACUUACAACCACUACGGCCACCACUAUAACUUCUACUGAACCUAAAACCACCAUGGUCACUACUACAACUUUGCCUGAACCUACAACCAACAGGGACACCACUGUAAUUUCUACUGAAUCUACAGCCACCAUAGCCACCACAAUUUCUGCGAAACCCACAACCACCACAGCCACCACUACAACUUCUGCUGAACCUACAACCACCACAGCCACCACAAAUUGUCUUUCCCGAAUCUGCCAGCACAACAGCAUCACCACAGCAUCUGAACCAACCACCACAAUAACUGCUAGCACUACCACUGAGGCUACAACCACCAUGGACAGCACUACAAUUUCUACUGGACCUACAACCACCAUGGCCACCGCUCCAACAUCUACUGAACCUACAACAACCAUGGCCACUGCUACAACCUCUACUGAACCUAUAACUACCACAGUCACCACUGUAACUUCUACUGAACCUGCAACUACCAUGGCCACCUAUACUGCUUCGACCGAACCUGCAACCACCACUACAACCAUCACUUCAUCUGAACCGACUACCACAAUAACUUCCAGCACUACCACUGAGGCUAUAACCCCCACAGCCACUGCUACAACUUUGCCUGAACCAACAACCAACAGGGACACCACUGUAAUUUCUACUGAAUCUACAACCACCACAGCCACCACUACAAUUUCUGUGAAACCCACAAUCACCACAGCCACCCCUACAACUUCUACUGAACCUACAACCAGCACAGCCACCACUAUUGUUCCUACUGAACCUAUAACCACCAUAGCAGUCACUACAUCAGAACCCACUACCACAAUAACUGCCAGCACUACCACUGAGGCAACACUCACCACAGAUACAACUGCAACCUCUACUGAACCUACAACCACCACAGCCACCACUAUAACUUCUACUGAAGGUACAACCACCAUGGCCACCACUCCAACCUCUACUGAACCUAUAACCACCAUGGCCACGUAUACUGCCUCGACUGAACCUACAACAACCACUACAGCCACCACUUCAUCUGAACCAACUACCAAAAUAACUUCCAGCACUACCACUGAGGCUGCAAGCACCGUAGAUACCACUACAAGGUCUACUGAACCUACAACCACCACAGCCAUGAUGACAACUUCUACCCAACCUUCAACCACUAUGGCCACGACUAUUGUCUCUACUGAACCUAUGGCCACCAUAAAAGCCACUUUAGCAUCUGAACGGACCACCACAAUAACUGCCAGCGUUACCCCUGAGUCUACAACCACCAUAGACACCACUAUAAGGUCUACGGAACUUACAACCACUACGGCCACCACUAUAACUUCUACUGAACCUAAAACCACCACAGCCACCACAAUUGUCUUUACCGAAUCUGCCAUCACAACAGAAGUUGCCACAGCAUCUGAACCAACCACCACAAUAACUGCCAGCACUACCACUGAGGCUACAACCACCAUGGACAACACUACAAUUUCUACUGGACCUACAACCACCAUGGCCACCACUCCAACAUCUACUGAACCUACAACAACCAUGGCCACUGCUACAACCUCUACUGAACUUAUAACUACCACAGUCACCACUGUAACUUCUACUGAACCUACCACCACCAUGGCCAUCUAUACUGCUUCGACCGAACCUGCGACCACCACUACAGCCUUCACUUCAUCUCAACCGACUACCACAAUAACUUCCAGCAUACCACUGAGGCUAAAUCUCCAACCACCACAGCCACCACUACAAUUUCUGCGAAACCCACAACCACCUCAGCCACCAGUACAGCUUCUACUGAACCUACAACCACCACAGCCACCACAGUUGUCUUUACCGAAUCUGCCACCACAACAGCAGUCACCACAGUCUGAACCAACCACCACAAUAACUGCCAGCACUACCACUGAGGCUACAACUACUGCAGACACCAGUAUAACUUCUACCGAUCCAAAAACCACCACAGCCACCACUAUAACUUCUACUGAACUUACACCCAGCAGGGUCACCACUAUCAUCUCUACUGAACCUACAGUCACCACUACAGCCAUCAUUUCAUUUGACCCAACUACGACAACCACUGCCAGCACUACCACUGAGGUUACAAACACCAUGGCCACACUACCGUAUCUAUUGAACCUACAACUACCAUGGACACCACUACCACAUCUACUGAACCUACAAGCACCAUGGCCACCACUACCAUGUCUAUUGAACCCACAACCACCAUGGCUACCCCUACCACAUCUAUUGAACCUACAAGCACCAUGGCCACCACUAUCACUUCUACUGAACCUACAACCACUGCAGCCUCCACCAUUACUUCUACCAAACCUACAGCCAUCACAUCCAUCACUACCACUUCUACUGAACCUACAACCACUGCUGUCACCACUACAACUUCCAUCGAACCUCACUACCACCAAGGCUGCAACCACUAUAGCCACCACUACUGCUUCUAACGAACUUAUGGCCACCACAGCCACCACAACUUCUACCAAACCUACAAUGAGCAGGGCCACCACUACCACUUCUGUGGAACCUACAAUCACCAGAGCCACCAGUAUAACUUCUGAAUCAAAAACCCACACAGGCACAAACAUUGUCUCUACUGAACCUGGAACUCCCACAGCAGCCACCACAGCAUCUGAACAGAUCACCAGAACUACUGCUAGCACCACUUCAUCUUAACUGACUAACACAGCUACCAGCACUACCACUGAGGCUACAGCCACCACGACCACCACUACUACUUCUCCUGAACCUAGACCACCAUAGUAGCCACGAGUUCAUCUUAACCAACUACUGUGACACCUGCCAGCAUGACCACUGAUACUACAAUUACAACAGGUUCUAAUGAACCUACAACACUACAGUCACCAUUAAAUUUAUACCAGUCUCCUAAACCUACAACCACAGGAAUUGCUACCACUUCAACUGAACUGCUACCACAAUGAUGAGGAGCACUACCAUGGAGGCUGCAAGCAACAGCCAGUACUACUGCUUCCACUGAACCUACAACCACCACAACAGCCACUACUUUCACUGAACCUACUGCCACAAUAACUGCUAGUACUGCCACUGAGACUAGAACCACAGUGGCCACCAGUAUUGCUCUUACUGAUUCUAUAACCACCACUUCAUCACUUAUCCCACCAACACAACUGUGAGCACCUUUUAGUCAUCUGAACCUACCACUGUAAUUCCAAGCAUUGUCUUUCAACUGAAUGCAUUACCACAACUGCUAUUAUCAUUUCUGUUGCACCCACAACCAUUUCUACCAGGAUGAUAUUAACUGAAUCUGUGAGUGCUAUCACUUUUGUUGAAUAUUCUGUUAGAUUACAGUACCAGUUCAGUUCUUUCUAAUCCAUAUUGGCCAUCCCUCCCACCACCACUGAAGGUACAACUACAUAAAUUAUCCAAAAACUUCUAGUCAGAUCUGAGUCAUUCCCAUUUCAAAUAAACCUAUAAUCACCAUCAGUUUAUCAGGAUCUCUAGACACUACUGUCUGCUCCUCAACUGAGUCUACAUUAUUUGCCAUAGCUACCUUCACUUCAGUGACUGAAUCUAGUCUGUUUUCGGACUCAACUAAAACAUCAUCUUCAACUUCCACUCCCACCAACCCAAGUAGAAAUAAAAUAAAUACGCAUGCUACCAACUUAACUGAC